AUGAAUCCACAACAGAGUAAUUACUCGCAAUAUCCACCACCGCCACAACAGAACCAUUACGGCUACGCGUCCAACCCCUACCCGACGCAGCAGCAGAACGCAUAUCCAGCAUACCCGACACCACAGCAGCAGCUUGCACCGCAUCAGGUCCAGGCCCAGCAAGCACAAUUCAUUCGACCUUUCCAACAGCCUGCUGCGUCGCGAAGUCAGCAACAGACGCCGCAACAGCGAUCUGGUACCUCUCAGUACCGUCUGCCGAAUAAUGUUCCACAGCAGCCCCGGGUCGAGGACAAUGUGCCAACAGGACCUGGCGCACCACCAGCUGAUGAUCUGGAAGAACAGCUGAGAACAGCAUUGCAGCGCGAGAGCGGACAGGCCGGCGAUGAAGCCGAAGAAGGCUCCAAUGGUGAGGAGGAAGCAGAGGCAGAAGAAGAUGAGGAUCAGCCCAUCUUCAACUUGCCGCCACCACCCGAGGGUACAUACCCGACCGAGGCCGAGUUAGAGCAAGCAGUACAUUCCUGGUCACUUGAGCAUGGUUACGAGCUGGUGCGACGGGCUAGCAAGAAGAAUGCGAAUGGGAAGAUUUACAAACGCUAUCUGCAUUGCUCGAAGUACGGGAAGCUGGCCAAUACUGGCAAAUUGACUGAUGCAACAAGAGUCCGUAAACCUCGCAAGACAAACCGGCAGGGCUGUCCGAUGAGUCUGGCGAUCGUGGCAUUGGAACCCAGCAAUUCGAAUGGUCAAUGGCAGGUAAGACAUAGGAAGACUCACCAUAAUCAUGGUCCUGUCGAAGCUGUGGCGCUCACCGGUCAUCGUCGCCGAGCUCGUCAGGGCGGCAUGGAGAAAGCUAUCGAUGGUCUCUUCCAGAUCGGCACACCUACCACACAAGUCUUGCAGUUCCUGCAGCGUACCAAUCAGGAUGGCCUUUACACCCGGACAGAUGUCGCCAACAUGAAGCUGAAGUUUAAGAAAUUCGGCACCUGCAUCACCCACGGUAAAGCACAUGCACGAUCUGGGGACAGGCCGUUCGGCGCCACGAUCGCUUGCAACAGAUGUCGCAAGAAGAAGUGUAAAUGCGAUCGUUCUCGUCCGACGUGCCAGCAGUGCCAGAUCGACAAGGCAGAGUGUGUGUACGACAAGGAGACGACUAUCGAGCCGAACCUGCUGAAUGAUAUCCGUGCUACCGCAGCUGCAGGCGAUCAAGAUACAGACAUGGACAUCUCCAUUGUGGAGCAGGAGGGUCCGAGCCAGCAAACACCUACGUCUGGUAGCAGAGGUCAAACGCAACUCAGCCGCAAUCGCGCUGCGGCGGAGCAGAUCCUGAACGACCUCCGCACGUUCCAGAGCGAGCAUGUCAAAGCCAAAAGGCUGGACCUGAAAAGCAGCUCCGUCGAGAUUCUUGCUCAGUCGUCGUGUGGGAGUGGUACCAGCUACACCAAAGUGCCAACACUGACAUUGCCAAAGGACUGGGACGCUUUUAGCGAAGCGUUCGUUGAAGCGAGCCAGAAGGAGAAUCUCUACGACACGCUAUUGGGCGAGAGGGGCGAACCGAUUGCUCCUGUUGUGGGAGAAGACGAAGAAGAGGUUGAUGUAGACGACUGGAACGAGUAUAUCAAACAGCAAGCCAUCUUCAAUCGACGCAAUGGUCUCCUACUCGGCUCGUUAUGGUCUGCUCUCGGACCCUCCUUCCGUACCCGUGUGCAAGGAUUCAAGAAAGCCGCUGACGCCUGGGCGUCGCUGGAGGAGAUAUGCUCUCCUCGUGGCUCAGAGCAUGCUUAUAAGAAGUUCUCAGAGCUUACGGACACGAACCUCGAGACCUGUGGCAACGAUCUGCAAGAGUAUAUUGGUCGUCUGGAAACCGCAUGGCAUGCGUUUGCUAAGAUCAAGCGCAGUCAGCAGGUCCCUCACGAUACUCUUGGACGCCAUCGUGUGGAACUCUCUACGAGCACAAGGCUUCAACAUGGGUCGAGUGGUACUCCUGGUGGCUCCGGCGCAGACGUCUUGCCCGAAGAGACUUUGUGCUUUCUCUUCUUGCGUGGCUUGGGUGAUAGGUAUCGAAGGUGGGUGGAGACUCUAUGCCAGACUAGCAAUGUUGCGGGCUUUGGGACGGGAUAUCGGGUGGGGUUCAAAGAUCUCACCAAGAGGGCAGCUGAAUGGGAAGGCUUGCAGAGCAGAGUUGCUGAGGGUUAG